CUGCGAAUUAGGCACGAAGUUAAGGGCUUAAGCAAGAUUAUUCUCCCCAUUUCACAGGUGGCGAAAUUAACGUUUCCUUAACAAGCUCUGUCUGCGGUUCUCGCUAAGAGGUGUUGGCAAUAAGAGGGGGAAAUUCCUUUGAAACUAUGUGGUCCCUUGGUCAAAGGAGCCUCCUUAACAGCUGCCCAGCCAGUUCCUGUCCUUUUCGGGGCCCGCGCUCUACCCUGCCUGACGCUCCUGGAGUCUGUCCUUUUGCUGGGCCGGAGGCCCACCGCGGGCGGAAUGGAGUUUUCGGAACUGAUCCGCACCAGGCAGGCCCAAGCUGAGCUCUUGAGCGGCCCGGAGGCGCCGGCACUGCGCGGCACGCUUUGCGUUACCGGCCACCACCUGCUGCUGUCUCCAAAACCCCAGGCGACAGACCUGUGGCUGCUGCUGUUGCGUAGUGUCGACUCCAUCGAGAAACGGGUCGCGGGUGACUCUGGCACCAUCACACUGCGCUGUAAGGACCUGCGCGUGCUACAGCUGCGCAUAGAGGGAGUGGAAGCGACGCUGGACGUAGCCCGCUCCAUCGAGGCGCUGUCCUCCCUGGAAUCAGUCAUCACCUCCUAUCCGUUCUUCUAUCGUCCCAAGGGCUUGAGAUUGGGCGACGCCUGGCACUUCCACCCGCUGGAAAGCUACUACAAGAGAGUAGCUCUCGAGACCGACGCGUGGAGGCUGAGCGAGGUGAACGAGGACUUCAGCUUGUGCCCCAGUUACCCCCGGGUGGUGAUCGUGCCUCGCGCUGUGGACGACGCUGCCUUGGCACGCAGCGCCCGCUUUCGCCAGGGAGGCCGCUUCCCUGUGCUCAGCUACCACCAUGCUCGCAGCGGAACCGCACUGCUACGUUCCAGCCAGCCCCUGAUCGGACCCAAGAAGCUGCGCUGCGCUGAGGAUGAGGAGCUACUGGGAGCUGUGCUGGCGGGGGCUCGCCCUGGGGCCCAGGGCUUCAUCGUGGAUACGCGCUCGGCCCAGACCGCCAAACAGGCCCGCAUGACUGGCGGUGGCACGGAAUCCAAGGCUGCCUACCCUGGCUGGAAACGGCUGCACCGGCCCCUGGAGAGGGGUCGACACCUACAGGAAAGCUUUGUGCGCCUGGUGGAGGCCUGUGGGGACCUGGAACAGAGCAUGGACCAGUGGCUUAGUCGGCUAGACAGCUGCCGCUGGCUGGCACACGUGCAGGAGGCACUGAGCACUGCCUGCCUAGCAGCCCAGGGAAUGGAGAGGGAAGGGGCCUGUGUUCUGGUGCAUGGAGCUGAAGGCAUGGACAGCACCCUGCUGGUGACAUCGCUGGCCCAACUCAUCCUGGACCCCCUGAGCCGGACCAUGGCUGGAUUCCAGGAACUGGUGGAGAGGGAGUGGAUCCAGGCUGGCCACCCCUUCCAGCUGCGCUGUGCCCACUCGGCCUUCUCCCACGCCCGCUCCAAGCAUGAGGCACCCACCUUUCUCCUCUUCCUGGACUGUGUGUGGCAGCUGGGCCGCCAGUUCCCACUGUCGCUGGAGUUUGGGGAGGGGCUGCUGUUGGCACUGUUUGAGCACGCCUAUGCCUCGCCUUUCGGCACCUUCCUCUGCAACAGCGAAAAGGAGAGAUGCCUGUGUGAAGUCAGAACUCAGACGCACUCCUUGUGGUCGGGGCUCAACCAGUCAAAAGAGCAGCGGAAACUCAGGAACCCGCUCUACGUUCUCAAUCCUUCGGCCCUCUGGCCCUCCGUGGAGCCCCAGAGCCUGCGACUGUGGCAAGGCCUGUUUCUGCGCCAGACCCGCCCACCUGAGCGCUCAGAGGAAGUGUGGGAGAAGGUGUGGCAAAUAGUGACAGAUGAGAAGACUGAAGACUCUCGGCCAGUGGUUUCAGCCCCUGAGCCCCAGCCCUAAGUGCUGGCAUCUCACAGAGUGGCCGAGACGUUCCCGAGACCUCUCCAGGCCCCUUUGCAUCCUCGGACCUUGGACGAGGGUGCCUGCGACCAGCCCUCAUCCAUGACACUGAAGUUCCAGGUCUGCAGUGUCCGAAGUGUGGGGAGGUCCAAAAACAGGUGUCAGCUCACUGGGGUGUCGCACUGAGAAGGGAAAAUGAUUAAACAGACCCCACAAAAUAUCUGACCAGAAA